CCUCACAGAGAGUACCGAUAGAGCUUUCCGACCACCACCCUCUCUCUCUCCCCCUUUGUUCGAGAAUCCUAGAUCGUGUUCGCUGCUCGGAAAAAAAAAACCCUAGCUUGACAAUGGCGUUACAAUCUCCGAUUUUUCUGCUCCUUUUUCUGGUUCUCGCGACGGAGAAGAGCGUGAGCGUCGCUUCAGUGUUCUCGUCGAGGCUGAUUCACCGGUUCUCCGAAGAAGCCGUGGCUUCGAUUGCUUCCCGUGCGGGUCGAAACUGGUCGGGUUCGUGGCCGGAGAAGCGGAGCUUGGAGUAUUACCGACUGCUCACGAACAGUGAUCUUCGACGGCAGAAGAUGAAGCUCGGACCCAAGUCUCAGUUCCUCUUUCCUUCGGAAGGAAGCGAAACGAUGGGAUUGGGGAAUGACUUUGGAUGGCUUCACUACAUGUGGAUCGACAUAGGGACACCAAACGUUUCGUUUCUUGUGGCAUUGGAUGCUGGCAGUGAUCUACUCUGGGUUCCCUGCAAUUGCUUGCAAUGUGCUCCUCUAUCUUCCACUUACUAUAGCAGUCUGGACAGAGAUCUGAACGAGUAUGAUCCAUCCAGUUCAAGCACCAGCAAAUUCCUCUCAUGUGAGCAUCGAUUGUGUGAUUCAGCUCCAAACUGUCAGAAUCCAGUGGAGCAAUGCCCUUACACAGUUAACUAUGCCACCGAAAACACCUCGAGUUCUGGAUUGCUUGUCGAGGACAUAUUACAUCUUAGAUCUGGUAGAAGCGAUGGACUGAAUGCCUCUGUCAGGGCUCGGGUCAUCAUAGGAUGUGGUAAGAAGCAAAGUGGGGGUUACUUGGAAGGGGUUGCUCCAGAUGGUUUAAUGGGUUUAGGGCUUGGCGAAAUUUCGGUUCCCAGUUUUCUUGCUAAAGCAGGAUUGGUGCGGAAUUCUUUCUCAUUGUGCUUUCGAGAAGAUCAUUCGGGGAGAAUCUACUUCGGUGACAUGGGACCGUCUUUGCAACAGUCAACACGAUUCCUUCCUCUGAACAACAAAUAUAUUACCUACAUUGUCGGGGUGGAUACUUGCUGUGUCGGUAAUUCCUGUCUUAAGGGAUCCAAUUUCAGAACACUCAUUGACAGUGGAUCAUCCUUUACUUAUCUUCCGGAAGCGAUAUACCAGAAAGUUGCAUAUGAGUUUGAUAGACGUAUAAACGCUACAAUUUCAAGCUUUGAUGGUUUCCCAUGGGAGUACUGCUAUAAAACCAGUGUCGAGCCCGAGCUACCGACAAUGAAACUCAUGUUUUCACCCAACAACAGUUUUGUGAUCCGUGAUCCAAUCUUCAGGAUCUACCAAGAUCAGGAGCUGUUAGGAUUUUGCUUGGCUGUGCAACCUGUGGAAGAAGACUUAGGAAUCAUUGGACAGAACUUCAUGACGGGAUAUCGGUUGGUUUUCGAUAGAGAGAACAUGAAAUUAAGCUGGUCUGCCUCAAAAUGUCGGGAUCUAAGCAACGAUAAGAUAUCUCCAUGGCCUUCCCCGAACAAAACCUCGCCGUAUCCGUUACCGACAGACGAACAGCAGAGCAGCCAUGGAAAUGCGGGAGUUCCCCCUGCAGUUGCCGGUAGAACUCUGUCCGGAUCAUCAACGGCGGCAUCUCUUCUGGUUACACCAUCUGUCUUCUAUUCCCUCAGCUUACUUACGCUCUUGCAUGCGUUUCUAUAUUGCAUGUAGAAAGAAAAGAAUCCACUCCCCCCCCCCCCCUC